UCACAAGCAAACGAGCAAGAUUUAAUAAGCCUUACCUCCUCUACAACUAUCGCUUUGGUCGAAGACGUCUUUUCGAUCAUGUCCUCCCACACCACCAACUCCAUGUUGUCGAACCUCACCCCGACCCAGAUCCGUCUGUACGAGAAACAACAAGAACACGCCUCGCUCCAAGCCCUGAAGGAGGCUAGCGGGCAGAUGCUGGAGAGGGUCGAAGAGCUCGCUAGGAUGAGUCACGUCAUGGCCGAUGGAGGUGCUGCGGUCGGCUCGGUAUUGAGGAAUUGGAACCAGGUGUUUUCCAUCCUCAGCUUGUUCGACAAACCGCCAACAGAUUCUCAACAAACAUCGGACCCUAACCAAAAGACCUCUUCGACCACCGCUCAGUCUAAAUCUAGGUCCACACAAUAUCCUUCUGCAAAUGCCGAAAGCAGCUCCGCCGACGCUGAUCGAGAUGACCGAGAAGAGAUCGAGGAGGAACUGCCGAUGUUGGUCAGGUUACAGUUUGACAAGUAUCAAGCGCAGACUCAGGGUCAAGCUUCGGGUCAGGAUCAGGUGGACGGUGAGAGUCAGGAGGAAGGGUUCUGAAGAGCACGGGUAGGGGGAAAAACGGGAGCGGGUCCAGCCGCCGUGUAGAGGAUCAUCGGGGUGUAGGGUGUAGGGAGAUUUAUGGGGAUAGGCGAGGAUGGGCGUGCUGCGAGAUCUUCUGAACACUCCUCGGCGCUACAAGCGCGACGACGUAGGGGGAGAUUGCGAAAAAGAGACGUGACCUUCGCUCUCCACCUGGUCGGAAGUGGUACUUGGGACUUGGGAGCAUGCGAGAGCUGGAUUCAAUACAGCAUGCUCAUGCGCUUUGAUUCACAAUGGUCCA